AUGUCUUAUCCAGAACCAAAGUUUUUGCGAUGGUCACGUAUUGUAGUGGGAUUCCUUAUAGUGAUCAUUUAUGUGUUCUACUUGGCUUAUCUGGGUUGGGGUAUCGCAAGAGAUACGCCGGUUCUGAAGCUGUCUUUAGAGAGACUAGAUUCGUUGCAAGUGCCAGAAAUCGAAAUUUGUGCUCCAGCUAGUCCUCUGAUAUUAACAAAAUGUACGUUCAACGCCUGGCAAGCAGCUAAUACCGAAGUAUUUGAGAACUGUACACGUCCAACAGGAGAGGAAUUCAUCUACCUGAAAAACUUCUCGGAUCCCAAUCAAUUUUGCUAUCUCUUCUCAACCAAUAAAACGUACAUGUUUAGUAAAACGGAUUUAUUUCGAAUCGACUUUUUCUAUAAGAUAGCAGAUCUCCCAAAAGCCUGGAAUUCUUCGAUAUCAAUCCCUGCCCUCGCGUUGCAAGCGUUCAAUCCAGAUUUUAAUCCACUCUGGAGACCUGAGCAACUCAAAAACUCUAAUUAUAAAUAUGAAGUUGACAUGAGGCUUCAAACCAACAACUUUAUCAGUAUGGCCGGAUGGGUUACUUCGAUGUCAUUCCAACAAUACGUCUUCCGAGAUAUAGAUCCUCGUGAUUUUGGAGCAGUAUCAGGCUUUGCCCCGCAAUAUCACAAUACUUCAACAAUAGUAACUACUGCGAAAUACUUUCCAUUAAGGGCAGAUGCUCCAGGCUUUGGUCCUGAUGGAGAUACCGGAGUGUUCUCUGUUCAAGCGGAAUCAUACUUUCAGCAAGUCCAGGAACAACAAAGGUCUAAGACAAUUCUCUCGGCCCUUGGUUUGGCUGGUGGUGCGUUUGGGGCAAUAUGUGGCGUAUAUAUGGUACUCUUCGGACAGCCAAGACUCAAACCAUGGGGCGCUCUGCACUAUCUUGUGCGCAAACCCACAAAAAUCCAAGAUCCGCUGAACAUACCCCUCGUCUCUCCUGUAUUGUCAUCUCAACUUACCACGACCUCCGAGCAACGUUUAUCGCAUUUAGAAGGACGGCUCCAAGAAUUGGAGGGUCUGUUACAGGAUUACUUCAUAGAUCCUUCAUAUCUGCGGAAUGUCAAGAAUAAGCUGUCGACGUCAUUUAGUAGCAAAGUUUCGCCAGAACACGAGAAUAAAGGAUGGUGGGAGGAUAGGAGAAUGUAA